UGGGAAGCAGCAGGUUUUGUGAGCAGGCUGAAGCACGUUUCUCACAUAAUCGUAGGGCCCCGGUAUCCACCCCCUUUCCGGCGAUCUUUUCGAUGGCGUCCUCCGAGGUGGACCAGAAGUUCCUCGGACGCCUCGCAAAAUCUGUCGAGCCCAAUAAUGCGCUGCUCGCGUCGAUGCUGUUUAAGAUAUUGGGGCUUUCAAUCAAUGUAGCCGGGCAGUUGGUGAAAGCGCGCAAACAGCGCCGCCUCGAUACCACGCGCGUGACUCAGUCCCUCGAGCUCUACUUUCACAUAUUAUGGCUCUCGCGUGAGGGCCUCGUGAUGCUCGAGCAGUAUGUUUUACCCAUGGUCGGCGACUACGUCGAGCUCAAGGUUCUUGCGUACAAACUACGCGCGUCCUUCUACCACAUCUUCGUCCUGUUCCACAAUAAUCCCCCGGUUUCGCCCUUGGGAAUUGCAACAACACCUCAGGCUCUCGCCGCGGAGAUGACGCCGGAGCCGUUACGAGUCGAUAAGGGGAAGGGCGUGGAUAGGAGCAACCCGGCAGCAUUCUUGCCGCCCCAGUACUUGCGAUCGUCGGUACAGCCAACUCACCCGUAUGAGCAAGGCGCACCAGCACCGCCCCCCGGCUUCGAGGCGCAAGUGCAGAUGCCAAAUUUCACUCCGGAAGCAGCGGCCGCUUUUCUACUACCGUCAGUAGACUACUUACCAACAGCACACCAGUACUUCCGGGAGGCUAUUUCGUUGGCAGAUAACUUGUUAUGGGGGUCGCACUCACUACGACUUUCGGUAAAAACGGAGUAUGCGGCGUUCCUAUACGAUUGCGUUCACGACCGAGAGGGAAGCCGACGAUUAGCGAAGCAGACGAUCGGGGAGGUGUACGAAGCGACUGAGGGCCUGGACGACGAUAUGUACGACGACGCGUGCGAACUCGUGACUGUGCUCGGCAAGAUGAUGAAGCGCGGCCUGGGAGCGGGAAGCUCGAGGAGCGGCGGAAGACCAAGUCCUAGCGUGACGCAAGCCACCGCUGUCUCCCAGAGCGGCGAGAGUAGUGCGACGGUUGUACCGCCUGUCCCGCCCGUCGGCAUGGAGAAUCCGAUAUAAGGUCGAGUUCGGAAUUCGUGUGACAACGUUCGGGUACCGACGAUACUCGAUAAGGCGGCUACGCGUCCCGGUUCCAUGCUGUUGGUCUGUACUUCCUACAGAAUAUAAACGAGCAAACAGUUUCGGAUCCGUGCCAACGAAGUUCCAGCCGAAGCCCAAGCCGUACGCGGCCAAAAUACAAGUAUAUCUCAACUAAUAAGGAUCCUAGAAACACUAUUUCCACACAUACCACGAACAACCUCUACAAAUAGUCAUAAUUCACACCUAUACACUCAUAACGGUUCAUAUCAAUGCCGUAUCCCUUGUAAUUAACUCAACCAUACCCUACCCAAGACGUACACGAUCAGCACAUCCCAAGUGUUCGGAAUUAUUAACUCAAAAGGGGGAGAUUCUGCCGUACCUACCUACAUACCUCAUACAUACACGCACCUUACCACGUCUCAUGCCCAUCAAGAGACAGCUAAUAACCACCCACCGGCAUCCCGUCCCCCUUCCCAGCACUUUAUUUUCUCGUUCAUAAAAGCGUUUGAUGAUACCCAGUUCCGUCCUGCGAGGCGGACAGACGGAUAGAGAGAGAGGGGCUACACGCCCCGCCAUUGCAUCACAUACCAUGUGUAUUAGACAGCAUAGCUAGGUAGCUAGCUAGUUGCAGAUAGUUGCAACAUAUUUAGUAGUUCAGGGGCUUUAGCUAGAGCUCUUGUUUUGAAAUAUUACAGAAGAAAGAGUUUUGCAAAA